AUGGUUUAUUUUUCUGUUCUUUUGUUGUUAUCAUUCAUGGAAACAUUAUUACUAGAUCGACUGUUGGGUAGAGUAACACCUUCUCGAUUCUCUAAUAUAAUUACCGAAAAUUUAUAUUCUGAGAUUUAUCAACUAGGCAAGCAUAAUGUUUUCCCCACUAAUUGUCAUGACAAUGCAGCUGUCAAUAGUCUCUCGUUGGAAACAACUGAUUAUCAAUAUUUAUUAAGUGGAAGCAAUGAUUCGUCUAUCAAACUAUGGGAUUUGAAACAACAAGAAAUUGUACGUGAAGAAAACGAAAUAGAUGCCAACCUACAUUUACAUCCAUCCACUUUUGAUAAUUUCGAUUACGAUAAUCCCGUAUCUACAUAUACCAAUUUAGCAACCAUCCCCAAAAGACAUCACCAUAAAUUCGGAAUAUCGUGUAUUCAAUGGUGGCCAUACGACACUGGGAUGUUUGCAAGUUCAUCGUUUGAUCACACUGUGAAAAUAUGGGACACUAAUGAGCUUAUGCCUGUGCAUACAUUUGAUCUCCUGAAUAAGGUUUACGAUAUAGAUAUAUGUGCAGAAAACGCCUUGAUUGCUACAGCCAAUGAUCAGCCAUUCAUUCGACUACUAGAUUUAAACACAACCUCAAGUGCCCACACAUUACUGGGACAUAAAGGUAAAACUUUGGUGGUAAAAUGGCACCCCAUAAAUCUGAAUCUAUUGGCAUCAGGCGGGUAUGACGGAGAAGUGAAAAUCUGGGAUAUCAGAAGAAGUCAAAGCUGUUUAACCCAAUUGGAUAUGCUGAGAACCAAUGAUUCCAGUUAUACUACUAAAUUAUCAAAGGCCCAUCUGGGUCCAGUUAAUGGCCUUGUGUGGGAUCCACUGGGAUCAAUAUUGUAUAGUGCUGGUAAUGAUGAUAAAAUUAGAGUUUGGGAUAUGGUCAAUGUCUCCACUCCACCGCCAAUUAACAAACUUAUUAAUUUUGGCCCAUUGAUAAGAAAUAAACAUCCUCAUACAAUACCUCUUUUGUUGAACCCUCAAGGUGAAACAGAACCACAAUUUUUAUUGUUCCCAUCAGAAAGUGGAGAUGUUUUCAUAUUUAGAACAAUUGAUGGCAAGUUGGAAAACCGAUUAGCACGAAAAGGUAGUAAAAAUACUGGUAGAACAGUAUCUAUGUGCAACGGUGGUCCUUCGACUGCUAAAUAUUUUUGUGGUACUAUUGAUGGUGAAAUUAUUAGCUGGGGGCCAUGUCUAGACAAACCUGAUUUAUCUGAUUUGCAGCAACAAGAUGAAAGUGAUGAUAAUGAUAAUGAUAUAAAUGAAAAAUUAUUAAAACAAUUCCAAUUGGAUAGUAGAAGGAAACAAUUUUUAGAAUCAAUAGAGAAUUAG